AUGGACGAAAUCGAGCUCGCUCGGCUCGCGUCGGCACAGCCUGCCCAGCCACGACUCGAUUACGACCCUGCGCCCUGCGCCUGCGCGCCGUGCUCCGCGUAUCGGGCCUGCGUCUCGCCCAUGUUUCUCGUCGUGUGGGGCAUCGUCGCGGUCAACUACCUCCCCUACGUCGUCUGGUACCCGCUCCGCACCGCCUCGUGGUCCUGCUGCAUCGUCGUCUUCCACGCGCUCGUCGGCCUGCUGCUCGCCUCGUACCUGAUGACCGUCUUCACCGACCCGGGCACCGUCCCGCCCGAAUGGCAUCGCGCGGUCGCGGCCGACCGGAGGCUCGCCGCCGACCACCGCUACUGCACCAAGUCGGGCCUCUACCGCCCGCUGCGCAGCCACUACUGCUCCGUCACGCGCCGCGUCGUGCUCAACCUGGACCACUUUUGCCCGUGGGUCGUCAACGCCGUCGGCUUUUACAACCGCAAGUUCUUCGUGCUCUUCCUGCUCUACACCCUGCUCAGCUGCUCGUGG